UCCCAAUCCCCCUCACAUUCAAUAGUCCGCCGUCGUUCCAGGAUAAAUAUUUGCGGAGCAAACUAUAUAUACGGCCUUGUGCGUUAACUUGCUGGCGGUAGUUAACAGCGACAGCUGUCCCCGUACUUCCGAUCCGGAUCGGAACAGGCUGUGGAUCGUAAUCUCGCCGGCCACGGAAGGCGCGGCCGCUGCAAAUGGGAUGGAUGAGCGCUCAGAGUCGGCUGAAGCUGCCAGCAAUUCUGGAACCACGAAGCAAGCUGCUUGUCUGAGCUGCAGGCGGAGCAAGAUUAGGUGUCACCGCGGCGCCGGGGACCCGAAGUGCAGGCGGUGCAACCAGGCCAAUUCGGAGUGCAUCAUUCCCAAGUACCAUCCCGGCCGCCAGAAAGGCGUCAAGAAUAAACGCACGGGGCUCGAGAAAGCUGUGUAUCGAAUUGGCCAAGCGAUCGCGCGGACAAAGGCAAAUGGCGGAGAGCUAGAGGAUGAACAAGCCGCGGUUAAUCUCCAGCACCUCUUAAGCAGUACGGUGGGAUUGUUGCCGAGAAGUACCAUAUCUCAAGAGCCAGCCCAAAGCCCGCAGAUGCAAGCUCCGACGUCUAUGCCGACACACCAUGGCAUCACUGUGACCACGAGUCCUGGUUAUCCCACACAUAACAAUGUGAGGGCGAGUCCUGGGUAUCCCCUACACAGAAGCCGCAACAACAACUAUUCUGUUGACGAUGCCGAGAACCCUCUACAACUUCUCGCAAGCGCCUCCGAUAUGGCCGUCUCUCCACCCGAGACAUUGGCAAAUACCCAAGCUCCCGCUAGCUCAGGGCCAUUUUGUCCAGCAAAGGAAGAUGAAGAUAAAGACCUACAAACAUUUUUUGGCCGGUUCAUUCCGAAUCUUGAUGUUAGUGAGGACAUUGACCCAAUUGAUAUGGGCUUCAUAACCAACGGCGAGACAGUCGCGCUCUUCAACUUCUUCUACCAGAAUCUAUCCCACACGAGAUGGGGACUUGAUCCUGUCAUACACACUGCCCAGUUUGUCCGUUCCCGAUCCUCGUUUCUGUUCACCUCGAUCCUCGCAGCAUCUGCACUGUUUCUCCCUUCCACAGACGCGCUCUCCAAACGCCUCUCUGUCCACUGUAAGAAGCUGGCAUACUAUGUGAUGGAGAAGCGCUAUAGAUCGCCAGAGAUCGUUCUCGCGUUUAUAAUCAACGUCCCGUGGAUGGCGCCUGGAAAGCACUGGGCUGACGACGAAACCUGCGCAUAUAUGGCUAUGGCCUUGUCCGUUGCGAUGGAUCUGUCGCUGAAUAAACUCAUUGUGCCUGCGCCAGGUUUCCCACAGCGCGAAAUCCCCGAUCACGUCCCCAAGUCGGACUGCAUCACUGCAAAAAAGGCAUUGUUGCUAGAUGGCUUCGAUGAUGUUGACCCAUACUCGAGUUGGGGCCAGCGGCUACUGCGAAGACGGGAGAGGAUAUGGCUCUCUCUAUUUGUGUUAGAUAGGGGGGUCUGUUUGGCGAGAGGGAGGACCUUCACAGUCCACAUGACUCCUCUCGUGGAGAGUUGCGACCAGUGGCACAUUUCGGACAUGGCGGAUACAUGGGAUCAGUCUAUCAUAUCCUCGACGGUACUGAGACGUGAUUUGGUAACUCUAAUCGCGGACAUCAAGUCUACGUGCGAUGUGGUGGCCGAUGGAGUUUCGAUUGUUCACGUCUUGAAAGACAUGAUUGAAGGAUUCUUCGAUCGAUGGUUCUCAGUCUGGGCUGUUGCUGUGGGGUCUAAGCACCAUGUCCUUCCACCCUACGUCGAGAUCCUCGUCUCCCACACCCGCCUAUCAACUUACAGCAGCGUCAUAAACCAUCCAACUGCGCCGGUCGAAGUGAAGCGCUUCUUCCGCGCCGCCGGUCUGUCAUCAGCAUUAAACGUCAUGCGGGCAGCCGUGCAAGGCGAAGGCCGCCUCAAGUCCAUGCCCAAUAACACCGCCAUUAUGAUAUCCUUUGCAGCAUGCUUUGCGCUGAGCAUCAGCACGAUGACCGAGGGAAACACUCUCAGCCUCGCACCCAGCAUCCGAAUUCUCGUCGAGGAAGCCGCCGGCAUGCUUGAGCGAAUCGGCUGCUCGCCGAGCCACCGCAACGGCACGUCGUCAUUGUAUGGCCGGCAUCUGCGCAAGAUUAUACGGAAUAAUUUCGCGGCACCGGAUAGGGACGUACCGGCCGCAGCACUACCAAUUGGACAAGAUGUCGCGGUUGGGGGGUACGACGCGCAGAACGGACAGAGCCUCGGAGGGUUCGCAGAGUUUCAACCGGUGUUGUUUUCAGCAAUGUCAAAUGAUCAGGUCACUGCGGCGAUCGAUUCGGCAUCGCAGGAGCUUGACGUGUGGCUGUCGACUUUUCAGAUGGACGAUAAUGCUGGGUUGGAUUGGUUGGAUUGGUAGGGAAGUCGCUAAAAUAGAUGAAGGCACCUCGGCGCCUAAGUCCCCAGCGCAAACCCCGAAGGAGGAAAUGACACCAGAGCCAAGAAGUGACAAAGAAGCCCAAACUAGAGAAGAAAGGCACCAGCGAAGGCGGCGGGCCCCGACAAUGCGGCAGAAGAAGGAGAUCACCCACCCCCAACUCGUCAGAUGAGGUUAGGGGUUCUUAUAUCGGGUAAAGGUAAGGGCGGGGUAAUGUGACAGCGAGAGAUGAAAGGUAAUCGUGUAUGUGAAUAUCUUGCUUAGUUGCUACAUAGUAGGCUCUAAUAAAGGCUCAUAAAUGACAGCCGACACUCGUAC